AUGAUAUUCAUUGAUAAGUUUAACAUAUUUAUACUUCAUUUUGGUAUAAUAGUUAACACUUUAAUGAUUAAAAAUGAAGAAGUUGUGUUAAGAAAAAGAAGUGCUCUUAAUACAAAACAAAUAAAAACAAAUGAAUGGAUAAAUUGGUGUUUAGAUAGUGAAACAAUGAAAGAAAUUAAUGUAUUGAAUCUCAAGCAAGCUUUUGAAAGCAUUGAGUUUAUGUCAUGUUUAUUAUUUGUAGAAUAUGAUACAUGUGAUCAAUCAUCUGAAGAACAAAUGCUCAUUUUUAAAUAUGAUAAAAAUAUUAAAACAAUUGAUUUAGAAAUUGAUCCAAAACAAAAUGUUAAUGGCUUUUAUAAAAUGACAAUUGGAAAACGAUGUAAUGAAAGUAAAAGAUGUUUAUUAAGAAAAAUUUUAUCAUUUUUGGGAUUAAUUUUAAAUACUAAAAGAGCAGAUAGAGAUAACUUUAUUAAAGUUAAUGAAAGUAAUAUUGAUCCAUUUUACUUAAAAAAUUUUGUUAUUGAUAAUAAUGCUGAUACCGCUAAUACUAGUUAUGACUAUGGAUCAAUUAUGCAGCUUUCCAAUUUUGAAUUUCGUAAUGGAAUGAAAAGAACUUUUAAAAUUAAACCAAGUCAUUAUGAAGUAAUGCUUGGUCAAGGAUAUGGAUUAAGUUUUACAGAUAUUAAGUUACUUAACAUACGUUAUUGUAAAGCUUCAUGUAUUGAUAAUGAUAUGGCUAAAAAUGUUAAAUGUAAAAAUGGCGGUAUUAUAAAUCCAUAUUCAUGUGCUAAUUGUAUAUGUCCUAAUAUGUUUGCUGCAGAUAAGUUUUGUGAAAAAAUGGAUCCAUCUGAUAGUUCGUGUCCUUCAAGUGAAUUUAACGCUACAAGUAAGAAAACCAAAUUAGUUAUAAAGGGAAAAAAACGAUGUAAUAUUAAAAUUAUAGCAAAAGAAGGCAAAAAAAUUUUAAUUACAGUUAAAAAAGCUGUUCUUUCUGCAAUUUAUCCAUGUUUUGAAGGAUUAGGGCUAGAAGUUAAAUAUAGAAAAGACAAAACUCUUACUGGUCUCAUUCUUUGUGUUAUUCCAGAAAGUGUUAGUAUAGUUUCUGAAGAUGAAACAGUUUUACUACAAUAUAAUGGAGAACAAAAUAAUCAUAUUGCAAUUAUAGAAUAUCAAAUGAAAUAA